CAAGCGCUUGUCUGAGAGCGGCGCUGGGCGCUCCGGGACUGGACAUAAACAAGAGAGCAAGCGCAGGGCUGGGCGCGCUUGCUGCUGCCCUUUUAAACCCACUUUGCGAGAGCAGCUGGCCGGGCCGGAGGAGCUCGUGCUCGCUGCGGCGCGCGCCUGGGGAGGGGUGAAGUUGUGAGGUUCCACGGGUGGGCGGAGACAGAACGCGGAGACCCUGCGAAGCGGCGGCACGAGGGGGAGGAGCCCAGGCAGGGAGCUGCGGCUGCUGCGGAGUCCUAGGACCAGCCGCGGCGACGGGCGGCAGGUAGUGGCAUGUGCUGGAGGGAUCUGCAGUGUGAUUGACAUUCUGUGGUGCUUCCUCUUGAUUUUCUUCAUGACAGGAGAGGAGGUAUCCACAUCAGAAGACCCUCCUGACAACUGAGAGAGGCUGAGGAGCCAGUGGAUUUGGAGGCUUGCUGGCUGGUCCUCUUUCCCCUGGAUGUGGCUCAUCCUGACUGGGUAGAGGCCCAUACGUGAAACAGUAUGGGACACCUUACACUACCACUAUUUAUGCUGUACCUUUCUGUGAAUGAGCAAAAGACUUCAGCCCUUAGGGCUAUCCAUCCAGCAUCUCCCCUAGCGCUGUGUUCACUGAACGUGUAAGAGAGAAGAAAAUGAAAGGACUUUGCUGUCACCAUGUCAAAGAGGAUUAAUGAUGUUGGCUCUUUCCAUUGUGUUCCCCACCUGUCGUCUUGGUAGGAUCUAGCUGCAGAAUGAACAUAGCAGCGGUGUUUAAUGCCCUGCUAGUGUCUGCCCUUGCAGCUGUGCUUUGGAAAUACAUCAAGCUGCGAGAGCACGUCUUCGUGCUUGAAGAAGAGCUGGUCCUCACUCGCCAGUCCCAGGAACUCUCUCAGGUCCAGAUUGACUACCAUGCGGCUCUUCAGGCCCUGGUGGAGGACGGUACCAGGAUGGUGUGCACAGGCAGGAUGCACACCGAUCGCAUCUGCCGCUUUGAGUCCCUCUGUUACUCCACUGAGGCAGAGGAGUUUGUCUUCUUUCACAGCAACGCGUCAGUUAUGCUUCCCAACCUUGGUUCCAGGAGAUUCCAACCUGCCUUGCUUGAUCUCUCCUCGGUGGAGGACCACAACACCCAGUACUUCAACUUUGUGGAACUGCCAGCUGCUGCGUUGAAAUUCAUGCCAAAGCCAGUCUUUGUGCCUGAUGUGGCACUCAUCACCAACCGAUUCAACCCGGACAACUUGAUGCACGUCUUCCACGAUGACCUCCUCCCGAUCUUCUACACCAUGCAGCAGUUCCCAGACUUGGAUCUGGAGUCACGACUCUUCUUCAUGGAGGGGUGGAGUGAAGGCCUGCACUUCGAUCUCUACAAGUUACUAAGUAAUAAACAGCCACUCCUCAGAGAGCAGCUUAAAACCCUGGGCAGGCUCCUUUGUUUUACCAAAUCUUAUGUAGGGCUGUCCAAAAUCACCACAUGGUACCAAUAUGGAUUUGUUCAGCCACAAGGACCAAAGGCAAACAUCUUGGUUUCUGGUAAUGAGAUCAGGCAUUUCACCAAGUUCAUGAUGGAGAAGCUGAAUGUCAGCCUGGAAGAAAGUGCCAGUGAGGAGUAUAUUGUAGUAUUCAGUCGAACAAUCAACAGACUUAUCCUAAAUGAGGCAGAACUAAUUUUGGCACUUGCCCAGGAGUUUCAGAUGAAAACCAUUACAGUCUCCAUAGAGGACCAUUCAUUUUCUCACAUUGUACGUCUGAUCAGCAAUGCAUCCAUGCUGGUCAGCAUGCAUGGAGCCCAAUUAGUGAUGUCUCUCUUCCUGCCAAGAGGGGCCACAGUCGUGGAGCUCUUUCCUUAUGCAAUCAACCCCGAACACUACACCCCGUACAAAACACUGUCAACGCUCCCUGGCAUGGAUCUCCAGUACAUUACCUGGCAGAACACUGAUAGGGAAAACACUGUAACCUUUCCUGACAGGCCAUGGGACCAGGGAGGAAUUGCUCACUUGGACAAGGCAGAGCAGGAACGCAUCAUAAAAAGCAAGGAGGUUCCACGGCACCUCUGUUGUCGGAACCCGGAAUGGCUUUUCCGUGUCUACCAGGAUACAAAAGUCGACAUCCCUUCCCUUAUCCAAGUGAUCAGGCAAACUGUGAAAUCAAAGCCUGGACCCAAGAAGCAGAAGUGGACUAGUGGUCUGUAUCCUGGCAAGGUCAGGGAUGCUAAGUGUCAAGCCUCUGUCCAAGGUACUAGUGAAGCGAAGCUCUCUGUGUCUUGGCAGAUCCCCUGGAACCUUAAGUAUCUGAAGGUCAGAGAGGUGAAAUAUGAAGUGUGGAUACAGGAGCAAGGUGAAAACACUUACAUGCCUUAUAUUUUGUCACACCAGAAUCACACCUUUUCAGAAAACAUUAAGCCAUUCACAAUAUAUCUGGUGUGGAUCCGCUGCAUCUUCAACAAAAAUCUCCUUGGACCUUUCGCAGAUGUACUCUUGUGUAGUACGUAACCCACUCUCUCUCAUGUGUCGAGUCCUACCAUGCACCCCACCACAUCAGUGGUUUUAAAAACCUGUUGUCCUGUAGUUUUUUUUAGAGGGCUGAAGAGGACCAGACCAUGCCAAUUCCUAAGUGCCCAUUUUAUGCAUUUACUGUGUGUGUACUCUAGGUGGCAUUUAUUUCCAUUUGGUGUAAGAGCUGUCUGUUCCUGAAAGUAACCUCCAGAAAUGAAAUUGCAAGCUGAAUACCUAUAAUUGAAAAGCAGAAUGGAAGUGAAUCGCGUGUAAUUUGGUAGUGAUUUGACUCUUUCUAUUGUGCAGUGAAUAUUUAAGUGCAGCAUUAAACUACAAUUAAUUAUAUGGCUAUAUGGACAAUUGUCAUCAUCUUUCGCCAUUGUAACUUUUUAAAAGCUGUAUGUGUAACCCAGGUACAGGAUUUGGUACAAGAGUAUUCAUUAAAUUAUUGUAAGCCUC